CUGGCCUCCACAUCUUUCACCAAAAACACGUGUUCUGCGUGAGCCGCCCUCGUUCUCUGGGCGUUGCUGCCUGUAACCAGGACUUGCCUGUUUGCCCAAGCGCAUUGGCCGCUGUAUUUUCACCUAGUAGCAGGCAACUGUUAUUACAUUGAAAGACCUCGACUAGUCUGUUCACGACCGGCCUUCUGUUGCGGGGCGCCAUGGCCCCGGCGGGGCUGCACCGCCUGACGCGGCGCUCGGCGGUUCUGGAGCAAUCGAACAUUCGCUGUCCGCUCAUAAGACCUUGCCCUGUAGCCCGCCGCCUGUGUGCCGCCGGCCCAUUGCCAAGCCCCGCCUGCUCAGUUUCUUUGUCACUGAGUCGGCGACACACGCCCAGCAUUCGCGCGUGGAGUGGAGGCGCUAGCUUGAACACACCAGUAGUCAACACAGCCAGCACUGAGCGCCGACCGGCGACGACCAAGAGCGCUCGCCUUCGUGUCGCGGUCGACGUGGAUGAAGUUCUCGGGCGCUUCGUGUUCGCUCUGAACCAGUUCUGCAAGGACCACUACGGCAUGGAGUACAAAGUCGGCGACUACUGGAUUUACGAGUUCGCCAAGAUUUGGCACUGCAGCCAGGAGCGCUCCAACGAGAUCGUGCACGAGUUCUUCAAGUCGCAGCACUUCACGGACGGCAUCCCCGUCAUCCCCGGCGCGCUGGAGGCGCUGACGCGGCUGUCCGGUGCCGACAUGGAGCUGGUGGUGGUGACCAGCCGGCAGCACGUGAUCCAGGACGUGACGCUGGACUGGCUGGACAGGCACUACGGAGGACUGUUCCAGGAGGUGUACUUUGGCAACCACUUUGCGCUUGAAGGCACCAGCCGCAAGAAAUCCGACAUCUGCAAGACCAUCGGCGCGCAGGUUCUGAUUGAUGACAACCCCUCCUACGCCACCGAGUGCGCCGCCGCCGGCAUCCGGGUGCUGCUGUACGACUGGCAGGGCGCCUACCCCUGGAGCAAGCUGCCCACCAGCGGUGUGCGCAACCGGGAGUUGAUCACGGUGGUGCGGGACUGGGCUGAGGUGGAGGCGGCGCUGGCGGAACUGGCGCCCAGCCUGGCGGCAGCGGCGCCGGAGGGGGGUCACGCAGCGUCGAACAACAGCUGAGGCGGCUUGGAGUUUGGAGUUGGAAGGCGGCCGCAAGCUGGGGCUGCUGCAGCUGCGCCAUUGACUGGAGCGGCUGCCGAUGGUGCAGCGGCGCAGACAUUGUGUUUGAAGGGGGAGCUGCGGGAUGGGUCUGCUCAGAGCGCGCGGACUCCGCGACUGAGGAAGCGGCACGGCGAAACGACAUUUAUGCAGGUGGUCGGUGCGUGGUUCAAAGGAAGAUCUUGGCUGGAUAGGAGGCAUGCGCCUGGAUUCCGGGAUGCCGAACCGGUUUGCUUGGCUUGGGCCAUGGGGUGGGGUGGUGCCGCGAAUCCCGGCGCCGAGCGCGCAUGGCUUUCCCGGCGGUCCAGACCCGCCCAAGGCUUGUCCACGCCACAUUGGCCAGGAUGCACCCUGCAAGUUGGUGAGGGCCGAGGAGUCGAAUGGUCGGCCGAGGCACGCGUACGACCCUCGCUGCCUGUACUAUUAUUAACACAGUACUGAUGUAGUGUUAGGUUAGCUGCUACAGGCUGCGGGUGUGGCCCUGCUUCCUUUACCAUACAACUCGCGGGAGUAUUAGCCAAUUCGAUAUUGCUUGGAAUUGCUGUCCUGGAUUGUGAGGUAGCGAAUUCAGGUUCUUGUGUGGUUUCGAUGCUGUUAGUUCGCGAGCGUCGAUGUGCUCGCCACGGCUGUAAGCCGCGGGAUCGUGUGUGUGUGAGGGGGGGGGGGGGUAAUGUGUCGGUGAUGUAAAUGUGUGCUGACUGCUGAGCACGCCGUCGUCUAAGAUUUAAGUCUCCUCUCGCA